AUGCCAGAGAUCGGAGAAGUAGCACGCGUAGUGCACUUCCUACGCAAACACUGCGCGAACAAAGUAAUCUCCACCAUCCAAGUCCAGGAAGACAACAUUGUAUACGGCAAAGUCGGGACUUCGGCAACCGCCUUCCAAAAAGCAUUCACCGGCAAAAAAAUCCUAGAUGCAAAACAACAGGGCAAGUAUUUCUGGCUCGAGAUGGAAGGAAAGCAACACCCAGUCAUGCAUUUGGGAAUGACUGGUUGGGUGAGGUUCAGAAACGAUACUACGACGCAUUAUUAUGGCAGCAAGAACGAUAAGAAUGAACCUCAGGAGUGGCCGCCGAGAUUCUGGAAGUUUAUCUUGCAGCUGGAUAAUGAUAGCAAUCAAGAAGUUGCCUUUGUGGAUGCCAGAAGGCUGGCUCGUAUCAGAGUUGUCGAGGCAGAGGCAAAGGAUCUGCGCAACACCACACCACUAAAGGAAAAUGGACCCGAUCCGGUCAUCGACAAGGACAUCUUAACGGAAGCUUGGCUGGAAGAAAAGCUGAAGAGCAAAAAAGUGCCCGUCAAAGCAUUGAUGCUCGAUCAAGCCAACAUCUCGGGUAUAGGAAACUGGGUUGCUGAUGAGAUUCUGUAUCAGGCGAGAAUUCACCCUGAGCAAUACAGCUAUACCUUCUCCUCUGCUCAAAUCUCAGCAUUGCACAAGGCGAUGAUGGAGGUAUGUGGUACUGCAGUCGAGGUGUUGUCGGACAGCAGUCGAUUCCCCGAGACUUGGUUGAUGAGAUAUCGCUGGGAUAAGGGCAAGAAGGACAAGAAUGUCUUGCCUAACGGAGAUAAAAUUGUGCAUCUGAAGGUUGGAGGUAGGACUUCGGCGAUUGUACCGAGAGUGCAGAAGAAGACUGGCAAAGUGGCUGAAGAUGUGGAGUCUGCCGAUGAGGUAUCAGAGGGUGCAGCAGACUCACAGGAAGAGCCCACACCGAAGAAGACCAAGGCACAGCCAAAGACGACAAAGUCAAAGAAAACAGAGACCACCACCAAAGACGAGGUUGCGAAGGAAGACUCCAAGCCUAAACGCACUCGAACAACAAAGCGAAGGGCAGAGUCCGAUGAAGAAGAUGGUGGCAGUGCCGUCAAGGAAGAAGAGGCGGAGGACACCAAACCGGGCAAGAAGAGACAGACCAAGAAGAGUCAAGCCGAUACGAAGAAGGCAGCCAAGUCCAAGGUCGAGGAUGCUCCUGCUGAAGAAGGAUCAAGAAGAAGAUCAGGUCGGUUAUCAGGAAAGGGCGUCUAG